UUAGCAAUCCUUGUCCUGUAACUUUUUUCUCCUCCAAAAAAUGGAAACCGACCCGUUGGCUGGUGACUGACGCCAGGGAUGCCCGUUCUUCUUUCCCGGCUAAAAACACAGGCACAAAGGAUUGCCUAUUUUUGCCGGAGCAGCCUCUCUCUCUCUCUCCAUCGAUGGGCCACGUGAGGUAAACUGCCCUGCAAAACCCUAUUCCGUCAACUGCUCCGGACAUCCAAAUGUUGCAGCCGCACCAAUCCUCCUACCCUUCCCUCCUCUCCUACUCCGAUCAAUCCCACGCCCUUGCCCCUAUCCCCAUCGUCUCUUACCCCCAAAUUCCUCUUUUCUCGGUCCUCCCCUCGGAUCCGUGUCUGCACGCACCUGGUACGGACCCACAUGCUUCUUCAAGCUCCUAUCUGUCGGUCAGUGCUGCCCAGACAUCGCUUUAUCAUCAUGAUCCAGUUGCUGUCUCUGAGAGUUGGGUCGUGAAACAGGCCGAUCCCGUUAAAUAUGCAGCUGAUCAUAAAUCUUUGAUUAAGAAGUCAAUAGGACCCACAAGUUCAAAUUCCUUAGGGAACAGCGAUUGUAUGAAUGAACCUUUGGCAAAUGAUGCCUCAAAGAACACAACGAAGCAAACCCAGGUUAGCCAACCAUUAAGGUGCGAGAUUUGCAAAAUUGAUUGUACUAGCAAAGAUGUCUUUGAGAAACACAUGUUGGGAAAGAAGCACAAAAAAAAAUUGCAAAUGGAAAUUGCUCAUACACCAUUCAAUAAAAGAAGCCGCCCGGGCCUAGGUUAUGUUGAAUGGAUAUCAGGGGCUUCAGGGGUGGCUAUAGGUGAGGAUUUGGAGGCCAAGAAACGUAAGGUUCUGAAUGGUGGUGCUCAAAGUGACUCUGUCAAGGUCUGUACAAUAUGCAAUGUUGUGUGCAAUAGCCAAGAGGUGUUCAAUAAGCAUAUUUCGGGGAAAAAGCAUGCCAUCCAGGCUGGUUUAAUACCUGCAAUUACGGCUCAGCCAUUUGUUGCUGCAAAUGCGAACACAAACCCUUUGUGUUGGAUUGUUCCUAGAGUGCAGCCUCAGAGCAGCUGGGUGCAGAAAAAUAUCCGAAAGAAAACCAAGAUUGUUCAAUCUGCAUGGUGUGAAGUUUGCCGACUCCAAUGUAACAGCAUUGAUGUUUUCAAUCGACACAUAAUGGGGAAGAGGCACCAGAAGAACCUUGAGCAACUUGAAGCAUCAAAACAAGAUACCAGUGGCGCAACCACGACAGAGGCCAAUUCAGUAAGUGGACCAGCAGAAAACCCAGAGGCUGGACAGUGCAAACCCAGUGACAUGGCAAAAUCUGUAAAUAAAACAAACCUGUCACAGGCCUCAGAAAUAGAUCUGGAGGUGAAAAAACGGAAGGUUUUGGAAGGCGGGGCGGCAGCUGGUGCUGUUAGAGUCUGCACUUUAUGCAAUGUUGUAUGCAAUAGCCAGACAGUAUUCAAUUUUCAUUUGACUGGCCAAAAGCAUGCAGCCAUGGUGCAGAAACUGGCAGAUACCGCAAUGGCAAAAGCUGGUGCACAAGGGAGUGCUUGUGUGUAAAAGUUGGGUUGCCAAAAAUCAUUGUGCCAACCUCCAACUCCUACCUUUUGCCUUUUGCUUUUCUUCCUGUGAAGCAUUUUGAAGAUCUCAAGGCGUGGAAUUUGCUGAAAGUACAUUGGCAUAUUCUUCAACCAUUCAUUUUGUAGUUAGAUUAGUGUCAAGGGAAGGGGGUGAGUUCUUGUUACAAAA